UCGUUCGUGUCCCCCUCAUGCAUGAAUAAAGCCAGCCUGUCCAGGCGGGGGAGGCGGCUGCUGUGGCUGCGAGACAAACACCGCGCCAUCACAUACACAUACCUCGCCUUCCUCCUCCAUCCCCUGUCCACACCAAAAGGAGAAGGGAGGGGAGGAGAUCUGGAGAAGAGAAGAGGAGAGGAGUUGGCCAUUGUCACUUGAAGGCUCGAGUUUCCUCUCUUUUUUCUUUCUCUUGCUUCUUGCUUUGCUUGGUUGAGGCGCCGGCCAUGGCCACCAUCCUGGAGAACAUCCAGAAGACGAGGUUCCUGCCGACCAGGCCGCUCAAGGACGAGCUGCCCACCUUCCAGGGCCGCCUCGGCGGCGGAGGCGGGGGAGGCAAGGAGAGCCACCUCAUGGGCCUGAGGAAGCGGCUGUCCUCCUUCUCAGGCAAGAUCCAGCCCAUCUCCUCCGCGUCGGCGGAGUGGGCGUUCCGGCGCUCCAAGUCGGCGCCGUCGCUCGGCGCCGCGUUCGCCGCGGGCGGCGGCUCCCUGCGGCAGUGGUGGCAGUGGGGCGUCGGCUGGCUCCUGACCAAGAAGCCCGGCUUCGCGGGGGACCUCGAGAUGAACGAGGAGGAGGUCGCCGCGCUCGGCCGCCAGAGCCGGGGCAGCUGGGGCCACAUCCUCUACAGGGUGCGCGCCGGCGUCCGGCGGCUCGUCAUGUCCACGCACUCCCUCCCCACCACGCAGAAGCAGUCGUCGCUGCCGUCGUCGGCGGUGCAGCAGCACAACGCCCAGUGCAAGCCGGCGGCCGCGUUGGCCUACGUGCAGAGGCAGAGUUUCCACCACAACGGCCACGCCAUGGCGCACUAGGAGAGCGUCCCUCGCCGGUUGCGGACGAUGGCCGUCGCAACCGAUCUCCGUGAGAUCCAAAUGGGGAUGAAGAGAUGCCCGAAAAGAAGAAGAUUCAGGUUCCAGGUGAAGAUAUCGUAAUACGAUUAUAAGUGGAAAUUUAGCCCGGUGAAUUGAGGAUUGAAUGAAACGUAGCAUUACCGUUCUGUUCUGUGUAGAUCUAGUGCCCCCCUGUCCUGUAGAGGUGAAUUUGUACUCUCGUUCUUUAUAUUCUUUUUUGGGUUGGUUGGUCGAUGUAAAAAUGUAAAAUGUUUGGUUGAUCUUGUACUCCUAUUGAUUUUUUGCCCCCCUCCCUCCCCCCGCGGUAAAUAAAACUAAUGCAAGUCGUGCUCCUCUGUUCUUGAGAGGAAGAAAGA